AUGGGUCUCUUCAGGGAGAGACUCUCGUCAUUCUUCAGUAAUCGAUGGCUGGUGUUUGUGGCUGCAAUGUGGAUACAAUCUUGUGCCGGAAUCGGAUAUUUGUUCGGCAGCAUAUCGCCGACGAUAAAGAGCUCUCUGAAUUAUAAUCAGAGGCAGGUCGCGAGGUUGGGGGUGGCUAAGGAUUUGGGCGACAGCGUUGGGUUUCUUGCCGGAAGUUUAUCGGAGAUCUUGCCGUUGUGGGCCGCUCUUUUAGUUGGGGCUGUUCAGAAUUUUGUUGGGUACGGUUGGGUUUGGCUUGUCGUCACGGGGAAAGCUCCGGUCUUGCCAUUAUGGGCUAUGUGCGUUCUCAUUUUCAUCGGCACAAACGGCGAGACCUACUUCAACACGGCCGCACUCGUCUCGUGCGUGCAGAACUUCCCCAAGAGCCGUGGGCCCGUGGUGGGCAUCCUGAAAGGGUUUGCCGGGCUCGGGGGUGCCAUCCUGACCCAGAUGUAUGCAGUCAUGCACUCCCCAGACCAUGCUUCCCUCAUAUACAUGGUCGCGGUGGGGCCCACAAUGGUGGUCAUCGCCCUCAUGUUCAUCGUCCGGCCUGUCGGUGGCCACAAGCAGAUCCGGCCCUCGGACGGCCUCAGCUUCUCACUCAUCUACGGCGUGUGCCUCGUCCUCGCUUCCUACCUCAUGGGUGUCAUGCUCGUCGAGGACAUGAUAGACUUGAGCCGAACGGUCGUCAGGAUUUUCACGAUUAUUUUGUUCGUCAUUUUACUGGUCCCUGUGGUCAUCCCCGUCUCUUUGACUUUUUUCAGCGGGUCAAGGACUCCCUUGGAGGAGUCUCUCUUGGGGGAUGACUCGGUCAAGAACGGGACGGGUGGGCCCGUGGAGGACGUGAUAUUCAGUGAGAUGGAAGAUGAGAAGCCGAGAGAAGUGGACAUGCUGCCGGCGGCCGAGAGGCAAAAGAGAAUUGCUCAGCUGCAGGCAAGGCUGGCUCAGGCGGCGGCAGAAGGGGCGGUGAGGAUUAAGAAGAGGCGGCCCCACAGAGGGGAGGACUUCACGUUGGGCGAGGCGUUGAUUAAGGCAGAUUUCUGGCUGAUAUUCUUCUCGCUGCUGUUGGGGUCUGGAUCGGGUUUGACUGUGAUUGAUAACCUGGGCCAGAUGAGCCAGUCAUUGGGUUAUGAUAACACACACGUGUUUGUGUCCAUGAUUAGCAUUUGGAACUUUCUUGGCCGUGUGGGUGGUGGCUACUUUUCUGAGAAAAUAGUGAGGGACUACGCAUAUCCAAGGCCGGUGGCAAUGGCCGCAGCCCAAGCAAUAAUGGCAAUCGGGCAUUUCUUCUUUGCUAUGGGCUGGCCUGGGGCAAUGUACUUGGGUACACUCCUUGUCGGGCUGGGCUACGGAUCCCACUGGGCCAUUGUACCAGCUGCUGCCUCGGAGCUGUUUGGGUUGAAAAAAUUUGGCGCUUUAUACAAUUUCCUAACACUAGCCAACCCAGCGGGCUCUUUGGUCUUCUCGGGCCUCAUUGCCAGCAGCAUUUACGACCGGGAGGCAGAGAAACAGGCCCAAGGGCACAAUCACGGGCCACAUACUCUAUUUUCUUCCUUUUCAGGUUUCGUUUUUGCCGAGGAUCCUAUGAAGUGUGAAGGGGCCGUCUGCUUCUUCAUGACAUCAAUGAUCAUGUCUGGACUUUGCAUCAUAGCAGUUGUUUUGAGCAUGAUUCUCGUGCACCGUACUAAGCCGGUCUAUGCCCACCUUUAUGGGAGGUCUCGGAGGUAA